AUGGAUGAAAAAGGCUUAGAAUUUAAAGUUCUUCUGUUGGUAGACAGUGCACCCGGGCAUCCUCAGUUGGAACACGAAAAUGUACAAGUUUUGUUCCUGCCACCGCAUACCACAUCCCUAAUCCAACCACUGGAUCAAGAAAUUAUCGCAACAUUUAAAACUUACAACAUCAAUAAAACAUUCCAGUACAUUAUGGACAUUUUGGAUAAGGAUAAAACUCUUGCAGUAAUUGAUACUUGGAAAAAGUUUUCUAUUAAAGAUUGCGUUAAACAUGCUGCUUUAGCAUUAUCAGAUUUACGACCAUCAACCUUAAACGGAUGUUGGAGAGCAAUUUGGCCAGAAAGUCUAAGAAGUAAAAAUCCUGUGGAUCCAAAUACAAAAGAAUAUCCCAAUAUAAUUAAUUUGGCACACGCAGUUGGUAGGCAGGGUUUGGAUGACUUAGUAUUCGAUGACGUUGAUGAACUGAUGAUUGAUAAAGUUCUUAGCGAAGAGGAAAUAUUAGAUUUUGCCUCACAGAAAGCUGAUUCUGUAGAAAGCAGUGAUAGUGAAGAACCUGUAAAAUUAACAGCAAAUUUAAUUCAAAAAGGACUUCAAUUUGCAAAUAAAUUAGAACACCAUUUCAUCACAAAUGAUUCCAAUGUCGAAAGAGCUGCACAAUUCCAACGUGAGCUGAAUUCUUGUAUGGCUCGUUACAAAGAAUUAUACAAAGAGGUAGCAAGAAUUGGCGAACAACGGCUCAUAACAGAGUACCAUUGUUAA